GAGCCAGAACCAAUAUAGUGCGCGGUCCCUUUAAGAGAUACAAAACAAUCGUUUACUUCCGGUAUGCUAAUGCUAGCGCUAACAUGAAUCUACUUCGAGACUCAAAUGAAGUAUAAAAUAAAUGGCUUAAAUAAUAUAUGAAAGUGCUGCUGACACGGGAGACAGUGAGGGUGUCGUGAAGUUGUUUUUUCCUUUAUCCCCGAGUGUUUUGCGGUGUCAUUAUGAUAGCAGGGAGAAAAAGAAAGAUGCUAGCAUCGACAGUAGCAUCAGCAUUAGCAGCACCUGAACAAACAGUACACAAACAUAAUAAUCGGACGGAUUUGACACUAAAUGUUUCACCUGCCGAGCUGAAGAAGAAGUGUGAACCUGCCCAAAGUACAGAGACGGAGAGGAGCCAUUAUUUCAGCAGGACUGACCUGCAGCACAGACUGGGAGAGGAUUUCUUCAACCAACCCUGCAUCAGUUUGGCUAAAGCAUUCCUCGGCAAGGUGUUGGUUCGCAGGUGUGCAGAUGGCCCUGAGCUGCGAGGGAGAAUAGUGGAAACUGAAGCCUACCUAGGAGGGGAGGACAAAGCCUCUCACUCAGCAGGAGGCAAACGCACUGAAAGGAACACAGCCAUGUUCAUGAAGCCCGGCACAAUCUAUGUGUACCCAAUUUAUGGCAUCUACCUCUGCAUGAACGUGUCUAGUGAAGGAGAGGGUGCUGCCGUGCUGCUGCGCUCCCUCGAGCCCCUGCAGGGUCAGCCCGUCAUGAGGCAGCUGAGGGCAGCCAGACGCAAAGAGGGAGCCCGGCAACUGAAGGACAAAGAGCUCUGCAACGGGCCUUCAAAGCUGUGCCAGGCUCUAAAUAUACCCCGCUGUUUCGACCGGCGAGACCUCGCCUCGGAUGGAGAAGUGUGGCUGGAGAGGGACCCUGACACAAAUCCUGUAGAACCUCAUGAUAUAGUAUCAGCACCACGCAUUGGGAUUGAGUCCCACGGGGAAUGGGCCAAGAAGCCCUGGCGGUUUUAUCUUCGCGGGCACCCCUGUGUUAGCGUCGUGAAUAAAGAGGCAGAGAGACAGUCUGUGUCUGGAAAUGUAAUGAACAAUUUAGGUCCCUCAGAUGUGCAGUCUGACACAGGACAGCACAAUGUCAGAAGGACUUAACAGGAGUAUUCCUGAAACUACUCUGCCAUCUGUUUCCUUUGUGCACCAUUUAGGCUGUAUAAAAACUUAAGACAGUCAAGAUGGUAGAAUAACCUCCACUGGCUGAAUGUCUAAAUUACAAUCUGCAUAAAUUAAACAAAAUGUUUAUCAUCCAUUUGGUAAUCUGCACCUUACAUUGACAGUGUGUUUAUGGUACUGAUGCAAAACUGUAUUGGAGAGUGAUAAAUUAGAACUUCAGACAGCUAAAUUUAUCAAAGAAAUCAAUUCUCAAAUGACCACACUUAUUACUAAGUGUCUCUUGUUUAGGUCCUCCAUGUGUGGUUUUUAAUAAACAUUUGUACUUGGGAAAUUCUCUGCCCGGUGACUCAGUGAUUUCGCAGAUGUUUGGAACGCUCCACUUCAGCCUGUCUGAUGUUUAGAGUCUUCUUUUUUCUCGCCGUCUUUCUCUCCCCACCUCUGGGAUUCCUGAGAGGUAGCUGGAGGUCUGGAAUGAUCAUUACUCAGUGUGCCCCUCUGUGGUCAGUGCACAUGAUCUAACACAUCUGCGACGGGAAGAUGAAGUUAAAUUUGGGAUGCACCAACUGUGAAAUUCUGGGCCGAUACCGAUGCCAAUUUUUGAAGUAACAAUUUGGGCAAUACUGGUGGUGUUUUGUUGCUGUUCAUUUUGUUUUUGUUUUAUUUAUUUCCUCUUUUGCAACAGUAAAACACAGA